GCCGUGGGUGCCGGGGGUGAGGCCGGGGGUGCCAUGGGCAAGGCUGUGGGUGCGGGGGGAGCCAUGGGCGAGGCCGUGGGAGCCGUGGGCGAGGCCGGGGGUCCCGGGGGAGCUGUGGGCGAGGCCGGGGGAGCCGUGGGCGAGGCCGGGGGUCCCGGGGGUGCCGUGGGCGAGGCCGGGGGUCCCGGGGCGCCCCUCACGGCGCGGCCCGCAGGUGCUGGGCAGCAGCCCCCAGAUGAGCGGCAUGGCGGCGCUGGCGGCGGCGGCCGCGGCCACGCAGAAGAUCCCGCCGGCCUCCGCCCCCGCCGUGCUGGGCGUCCCCCCCGGCGCCACCAUCGUCAAGACGGUGGCCGUGACCCCCGGCACCGCCGCGCUGCCGGCCGCCGUCAAGGUGGCCUCGUCCCCCGUCAUGGUGAGCAACCCGGCCACCCGCAUGCUGAAGACGGCGGCGGCGCAGGUGGGCACGGCGGGGGGGGCGGCCCCCGCCACCAACGCCCCCACGCGCCCCAUCAUCACCGUCCACAAGUCGGGGACGGUGACGGUGGCCCAGCAGGCGCAGGUGAUGACCACCGUGGUGGGCGGCGUCACCAAGACCAUCACCCUCGUCAAGAGCCCCAUCUCCGUGCCCGGGGGGAGCGCCCUGAUCUCCAACCUGGGCAAGGUGAUGUCGGUGGUGCAGACCAAGCCCGUGCAGACGUCGGCCGUCACCGGCAGGCGUCCUCCGGCCCCCGUCACCCAGAUCAUCCAGACCAAGGGCCCGCUGCCGGCGGGGACCAUCCUGAAGCUGGUGACGUCGGGGGACGGGAAGCCCACCACCAUCCUGACGACGACGCAGGCGGGGGCGGGGGGCGCCAAGCCCACCAUCCUGGGCAUCAGCAGCGUCUCCCCCAGCACCACCAAGCCCGGGACCACCACCAUCAUCAAGACCAUCCCCAUGUCGGCCAUCAUCACCCAGUCGGGGGCCACCGGCGUCACCAGCAGCCCCGGCAUCAAGUCGCCCAUCACCAUCAUCACCACCAAGGUCAUGACGUCGGGGAGCGGGACCCCCGCCAAGAUCAUCACCGCCGUCCCCAAGCUGGCCACGGGCCACGGCCAGCAGGGCGUGACGCAGGUGGUCCUUAAGGGAGCCCCGGGGCAGCCGGGCACCAUCCUGCGCACCGUGCCCAUGGGGGGCGUGCGCCUGGUGACGCCCGUCACCGUCUCGGCCGUCAAGCCCACCGUCACCACGCUGGUGGUCAAGGGGACCACGGGCGUCACCACGCUGGGGACGGUGACGGGGACGGUGUCGACCAGCCUGGCGGGGGCGGGGGGCCCACAGCGCCACGGCCUCGCUCGCCCCCCCAUCACCACGCUGGGCACCAUCGCCACGCUCUCGAGCCAGGUCAUCAACCCCGCCGCCAUCACCGUCUCGGCCGCCCAGACCACCAUGACGGCGGCCGGGGGGCUCGGCACCCCCACCAUCACCAUGCAGCCCGUGUCCCAGCCCACGCAGGUGACGCUGAUCACGACGCCCAGCGGGGUGGAGGCGCAGCCCGUCCACGACCUCCCCGUUUCCAUCCUGGCCUCCCCCACCACGGAGCAGCCGGCGGCCGCCGGCCCCCUCCCCGAAUCCGGCCAGGCCGAGGCGGGGGCCGGCACCGUCACCCUGGUCUGCUCCAACCCCCCCUGCGAGACCCACGAGACCGGCACCACCAACACGGCCACCACCAGCCUGGUGGCCAACGUGGGCGGCGGGGGGCUGCCGCCGCCGGCCCCCCAGCUCCAGCUGCUCUGCGAGGGGCCCGAGGCGGCGGCCCCGCUGCCCCCCGGCGCCCGCGUCUGCUCCAACCCCCCCUGCGAGACCCACGACACCGGCACCACCAACACGGCCACGGCGGCCGGCGCCCGCCUCCGCGCCGGCGCCCCUUGCCCCACGCGCCAGACGGCGGCCACCGGCACCACCAUGACGCCGCGGCUGUGCCGGGAGACCCCCGGCGGACCCCGGCCCUGCCCGCCCCGGCCCGCCGCGGAGACCCCCGCCGGGGAGGAGAAGCAGCCGCCGUGCCCGAGCCGCCGCGCCCCCGACGCCGCGCCGUGGGGAGCCCCCGGCCGCGCCUGCGGCGGCCCCCCCUGCGAGACCCCCGAGGCGGCGGCGGCCAGGCCCUGCGCCAACCCCCCCUGCGAGACCCACGAGACGGGGACGACCCACACGGCCACCACCGCCACGGCAGCCGCGGGGGCGAGACCCUGCGCCAACCCCCGCCGCGAGACCCCCGACCCGGCCGCUGCGGCGGGGGCGAGACCCUGCGCCAACCCCCCGUGUGAGACCCCCGACCCGGCCGCGGCGGCACAGCCCUGCGCCAACCCCCCCUGCGAGACCCACGAGACGGGGACGACCAACACGGCCACCACCACCACGGCAGCCGCGGGGGCGAGACCCUGCCCCAACCCCCCCCGCGAGACCCCUGACCCGGCCGCGGCGGCGACGGCGAGACCCUGCGCCAACCCCCCCUGCGAGACCCACGAGACCGGCACCACCAACACGGCCACCACCACGACCGCCGCGGGGACGAGACCCUGCCCCAACCCCCCCUGCGAGACCCCCGACCCGGCCGCGACCACCACGGCGGGGGCGAGACCCUGCGCCAACCCCCCCUGCGAGACCCACGAGACGGGGACGACCAACACGGCCACCACCACCACGGCGGCGGCGGCGGCGCGACCCUGCCCCAACCCCCCCCGCGAGCCCCCCGCCUCGGGGGCGGCCGCCCUCGUGCCCGGGGGGGGGUCCCGCCCCUGCGCCAACCCCCCCUGUGAGACCCACGAGACGGGGACGACCAACACGGCCACCACGGCCACGGCCGGCACGAGCGGGGGGCCGGAGCAGGGAUCCCCCCCCUGCGAGACCCUCCAGACGACGGCCACCGGCACCACCAUGACACCGGCCGAGGGGGCCCCCCCGGCGCCCCCCGAGGCUCCCGCCAGCCCCCGGCCCCCCCACGGCUGCUCCAACCCCCCCUGCGAGACCCACGAGACGGGGACGACCCACACGGCCACCACCGUCACCGCCAGCAUGGGCGCCAACCAAGACCCGCCGCCGGCUGCCAACGGGCAGGGGGAGGUGGAGCCGCCCCCCCCGGGCGAGGGGGCUCCCCCCGGCACCCCCAGCCCCGGCCCCAGCGUCACCGGGACCCCCCAGCCCCGCGCUGUCACCACCGUCACCCAGUCCACGCCGGCGCCGGGGCCCGCCGUGCCGAGCAUCUCAUCGCUGACGGAGCCCCCCCCGGCGCCCCCCGACCCCCCCACCACCGCCGCUCCCGCAGACCCCCAUCCCACCCCCGCCCCCUCCGCCGCCACCCCCUCGCCGCCCCCCACCGCCGCCCCACCGCCCCCCCCCCCCACCACCACCCCCCCCCCCCACCACCGCCGCCCCCUCCCCGGAGCCGCUGGCGGUGGUGGUGCUGCCCCCCGGCCCCCCCGGGCCCCCCGGGCCCCCCGGGCCCCCCGGCGGCGGGGGCGGCGAGGCCGAGGCGCUGGCGCUGCCCCCCGAGCUGAUGGCGGAGGCGCCGCUGGGGGGCGCGGGGGGGGGCGCGGCCCCCCCGGCGCUGGUGGUGACGGGGCUGACCCCCGAGGAGCUGGCGGUGACGGCGGCGGCCGAGGCGGCGGCGGCGGCGGCGGCCACCGAGGAGGCGCAGGCUCUGGCCAUCCAGGCCGUGCUGCAGGCGGCCCAGCAGGCCGUCAUGGGCGCGGCGGAGCCCCUGGAGAGCGGGGAGCCCGGGGGGGGGCCCCCCGGAGCUGGGCGCCCUGGGGGGGGGGCCGAGGGGGCCCGAGGGGCCGGGGGGGGCCCAUCCCCAUCGUGCUGACUCAGCAGGAGCUGGCCGCCCUGGUGCAGCAGCAGCAGCUGCAGGAGGCCCCCCCCGGCGCCCCCCCCGGCGCCCCCCCGGCGCCCCCCCGGCGGCGCCCGCCCCCCCCGCGCCCGCCCCCCCGGCCCCCCCACCUCCCCACGGAAGCCCUGGCCCCCGCCGACAGCCUCAACGACCCGGCCGCCGACGCCGCCAACGGGCUGGGGGAGCUGGGACCCCCCCCCCGCCGGGCCCCCCCCCCCGGGCUGCUGCCCCCCGCCGCCGAC